AUGUUGACUGGAAAUCGAGCAUUGGCAUAUGGUUAUUGUGUGUUAACUAUUGGUGCUACAAUCUGUUAUAGUUUCGAUGUUGUUGGACCGACAGAUAUUGAUAUUCUACUAGGAGAAGAUGCUACUCUGAAUUGUGUCAUCACAGACUUUGCUGGUAGCGUGGGAAAGUGGUCUAAAGUUAAUGACGCUGAUGAGAUAUUUAUUGCACUCAGCUCUGGAGGGUACAUAGGCACUGGUCACGACUCUACAAAACACUCUGACUGGAGUGUGGCUACUACUGGUACAAACAACUAUGAUUUAAAGAUACCCAAUGUAGAUAUCAACGAUGAUGGAUGUUAUUUUUGUGGGAUUGGAACUGCUGACGCCAGCAGUAUGUCAAACACAUGUGGUAAUGUUAGAAUUAUAGUGCCACUGUCAAGUCGGCCAGUGUUCACUAACUAUAACCAUAGGGAUACAGUAAUGGUGACUAGGAAUGCCAUGACCACGUUUAUCUGCACUACUUCAGGAACUAAACCAGCAUCGACUAUAGAAUGGUAUAUUGGUAGUACACAGAUAACAAAUGGUAUAACAACAAGUGACACAUCGAGUAAUGGUUUAUAUGACACUACAA